AUGCUGCCGGCGCAGCAACUUGCGCCGAUAACCCCAUGGCCACCCGAUGCCAUGCUCGACCGCAUGGACGACUUGGCGCACAAAGGGCACAGCGGUGUUAACCAGCUCGGCGGCGUGUUUGUAGGGGGACGACCUCUGCCUGACUCCACGAGGCAGAAGAUCGUGGAGCUCGCCCACUCGGGCGCGAGGCCCUGCGACAUCAGCCGCAUCCUGCAGGUCUCCAACGGCUGCGUGUCGAAAAUACUCGGCAGGUAUUAUGAAACGGGAUCGAUACGUCCUCGGGCUAUAGGCGGUUCGAAACCGCGUGUGGCCACCGCCGAAGUUGUGAGCAAGAUCGCGCAGUACAAGCGGGAGUGCCCUUCGAUCUUCGCCUGGGAAAUCCGAGACCGCCUGUUGAGCGAGGGAGUCUGCACGUCCGAUAAUAUUCCUAGCGUUUCAUCAAUCAACCGCGUACUUCGCAACCUAGCUGCGCAGAAGGAGAAGUCUAACAGCCAACAAAGCACUGACUGUUCGACCCCUGUGUAUGAACGUCUUCGGCUACUGGGAACCCCUGGGUCGACACCAGCCUGGCCAAGAAACCCCUGGCCCUCGCAAAUAGACACUAGGACGCCGCCAUAUCAGCUACAUAGUUUGAGUCCUGGCCCUCAAGCUAUAUGUAACGGAACCGAACUACCGGUGCUAAAAAAAGGGGACGAUCAGAUAGAAAGUCUAGAAGGUCUCCACUCCGACGAGACGGGUUCCGGCGACAAUUCCAAUGCUGGCUCAAGCGGCGCUGACGAGGACGCCGCGCGUCUGCGUCUAAAGCGCAAACUACAGCGGAACCGCACUAGCUUCACCAAUGAACAGAUAGACAGCCUAGAGAGAGAAUUCGAGCGAACGCAUUAUCCUGACGUGUUCGCAAGAGAACGACUUGCGGCUAAGAUAGGACUGCCGGAAGCUAGGAUACAGGUGUGGUUCUCGAAUCGUCGCGCGAAGUGGCGUCGCGAGGAGAAGAUGCGCAGCCAGCGCCGGAGCCCCGAGUGCUUCGCGAGCGCGCAGCCCGCGCACGCGCCGCUCGGGCACGCGCACGCGCACGCGCACGGACACGCGCACGCGCACACGCACGCGCACGCCGCCCCGCCGCCCGCCCUUCCCGCGCCGCCCGCCCAGCACCCGCAGCACGCGCCCUACCAGCCGCUCAACGUCGACACGUACAGUCCACUCACUCCGAUGGGCUACAGCACCAGCGGUAUGGUAGGCGACACGCCAGUUUGCGACAGCGGAGAGCCAGAUCUGUGCAAAACCGGUUUUCUGGGCUACCCUCGAUACGAGUUGCCCUACCGACAGCCCCAUCCGUACAUUAACCACAGCUACCAGCACGAACCCUCAUCACCGCCGCCAGAGCUUGGUGGGUUACUGGGUGCGGGAGUAUCUGUUCCAUUAGCUGUACCAGGACAAGACUCCCAGCAGUACUGGUCGCGCAUCCAGUGA